AUGAAGAAAGCUUUGAAGUUGACUAUGAAAGGAACCACUCAUCGAUGGUGCAUUUGGCACAUAACCUCAAAAUUUGGUAAGAAACUUGGGAAGCAUUCUGAUUAUGCCCAACUUCAUGAUGAUCUUGAGAAUGUAAUAUAUGAUAGCCUUGAUGUUGAAGAGUUUGAGGCUAAUUGGCCCCAAGUUAUCAAGAAACAUGGUGUUGAAGAAGAUGAAUGGCUACAAGGGCUGUAUAAUGAACGUCAUAUGUGGGUUCCCGCUUUUGUGAAGCAUUUGUUUUGGGCUGGGAUGAAAACAACUCAACGGGUUGAGAGUAUUCACAGGUUUUUCGAUGGUUAUUUAAGUAUGCAUACUUUAUUGUCCGAGUUUGUUGAGAGGUAUUGUGAUGCUUUGGAGGUUAGAUGCACUAGUGAGAAAAGGGCGGAUGACAACAAUGACAGGUUUUUGCGUCAAACAUACUCUGAUUUUCCGGCUGAGUUGAUAUUUCAAAAGAUAUACACGGAUGCCAAAUUUAAGGAGGUUCAACGUGAAUGCAAUCGUACUAUGUAUGUGAGUGAGAUUCAUAGGACACAUGUGUCAGACAAUGUAACGGAGCAUUUUGUGGAGGAUCGAGUUUGGUAUAAGCCAAAAAAAUCCAACAAAGAAAUACCGUCAAAGAGAAAAAGAGAGUAUAAGCUUGUGUUUGACAGGUCAACGAAGGAAGUAUCUUGUGAAUGCCGACAUUUUGAAUGUCAUGGGAUUAUUUGCCGCCAUAUCAUUAGGGUGUUCGAGAGGAACAACUUCUAUGAAAUACCAGACAAGUACAUUCUUCGGAGGUGGAGGAAAGACGUGAUACGAAAACACAGUCGGGUUAAGGUAUGCUACCAUGACCCGGAUAAAACUGAAGAAGUGUAUAGGUACGACAAAAUGAUGGUGCGGUUUGGUCCUUUGUGUUCGAAAGCAUCGGCUAUUUAG